AAGUUUGCACCAAAUCACUGGAGUCAGGUGUACCUGGAGAAACGCCGUCAUUCAGAGCAGCACGUUUGCGGUUUAUCCCGGAUUUACCUGCCGGCGAGAAUGCGCCAAUGAUCCGCUGAAGCCGAGAAUCGUAGCUACGCAUCAACUAAUCAAUAACAAUGAAGAAGGGGUCGCUGAAUUUUCUGGGUCGAAAGAAUCAUUCUCUUUUCGACACCAAUGUCAAAAUGCAGGAGAUGGACAAUGUAGAGUUGGUCCUGGGGUCAUCUGCAACUCCUGAGUCAGGGACUGCGAGCGUGCGAGCUAGACCCACAGUGAAGCAUGGUGCUUCCUUGUCUGAGAGUUUCCAAGGCUUUGCUGUCCCAAUGCCGAAAGUCCCUCUCCUGCCCCCUGUCAAUGGUCCAAAGACCAACGGUUCAGUUGGUUGUGAUCCGUUGUCCAAUGGCUCCAUUAUUUCAGUGCCUAACCUUGAUAAAGGGGAAAUAUUUGUUCCUCCUCCUCCUUCUGUAGCACCUCCACCACCUCCAAGUGAAUGGAUUCCACCUCCACCAGACUUCCUGGGUGACUUAAACACUCUAAACCUAGCAACCAUACAGCCUCCUUCCAUGCCCGCACCAAACCCUCCUUCAGUAGAACCAAAGGAUUUAUCUUUCCUAAAACCACCAGCAAUGGCUCCACCAAAGCCUCCAUCUACCACUUCUACUGGCUCUCCAUCAUCCAUACCCAUCUCUAGUCCAACAUCAGCUCAAGUUCCAGAGCAUCCAAAAUUUGCCGCCCCACAGCCCCCUACUGAAAGGCAACAGAAGACUCAGAAGAAACCUCCUCCAAAGCCCAUUAGAAUUUCUUCAGUCUCCAACUCUGACUCCCCCCCACAGACUCCUGCACCACCACCCCCUGUGCAGACACCCACAUUGUCCACCUUCAACCCCCAAAACACAGCAAAAGUUAACACUGCUCCUAAGACCUCAUUUCUCAAUGUGUUUGAAGACCGUGACAAAAAACCUAAGCACAUGUUACUCCUGGAAGAUUCCGGGUCUUCCAGCUCUGGCCCUGUUCUCGUCAAGGUGGACGGUAAUGCUCCCAAAGUGCCUACACUAUCUAAACCAGUUCCCAUUGUAAAGGAGCUGGAGGAGAAUUUACAAGUUGCCCAACCUUCUGAAUCUACCCCAUUUGAGCAAAAGACAGUGACUAAGACAGAGACUAAGACAAAGGCUAAAACAGAGACAAUUUCAGUGCAACCAGAAAUAACCAAACCAGUACAGCCACCGCCUCAGAAGUCUCUACAGCUUGAUAAAGUUGACAAUACUCAGAUUAAUUUAGAGACAAGCAAGGACAAACUUGGAGAGCACCAAAGUCCAAAAGCAGAAAGUCCAAAAGCAGAAAAUCCUAGAGAGUACCAAAGUCCAGCCCCAGUCAAACCUGGAGAGUACCAAAGUCCAGCCCCAGUCAAACCUGGAGAGUACCAAAGUCCAGCCCCAGUCAAACCUGGAGAGUACCAAAGUCCAACCCCAGUCAAACCUGUACGGUAUCAAAAUCCAAACCAAAAAUACAGUCCGAUAUUGGAUCACAAACUACGUAACCUGAAAGGAAGUGAAACCCACGGAGCACGAGACGGGCAUGCAGCUUCUCCGCUGGCUCUUCUAAAGGCAGCUAAAGAAAGAGAGAAAAACAGAACGACACACUCUGUUUCACAGGAAAACAGUGGAAAGAACAAUGAGCAGCCAAGUAUUCACUCAAGUGACCUUUCAAGUUCUGGCUCUUCAGCUGUAAAAUUGACAGAAAAAAUAUUACCAGAGACUCCAAAAUCCUUCAGUCCAGUAGACCGUCCACAAACAAAUGAUGCUCCUGAAACUUCAAGCAGUCAUGCCCUGGUCAAUGGUCAGGCACCAUCUACCAGUCCAGCUCUCAACAGGAUCAUAGAAACCCCUGCUGUUAGCAAAAAAGCAGAGCAAAAUGCAUAUCAAAGCAGCUCACUGUCUCAGACUCCACAACCUGAGGGCAAUAAAGAUGGGUUCAGCAUGCCAUUACUAUUACCUCCACCACCAGAGUUUGAUGAUUUAAGCAAGAUUAUGGACCUGCCACCUUCCAUCAUUCCACCGGACCCUCCCACAAAAAAGGCACCGUCACCACCUGUAACCUCUCUUUCUCCUGCCUCAGUUCAGUAUCCUUUGAAUAAGACACAACCCUCUGCAAGUCUUCCCUCUUCAGUUCCACCUCCUCCUCUGAAGACAGCACCUCCAGCUUCAAUUCAACCUCCUCCUCUGAAGACAGCACCUCCAGCUUCAGUUCCACCUCCUCCUCUGAAGAUAGCACCUACAGCUUCAAUUCCACCUCCUCCUCUGAAGACAGCACCUCCAGCUUCAGUUCCACCUCCUCCUCUGAAGACAGCACCUUCAGCUUCAAUUCCACCUCCUCCUCUGAAUACAGCACCUCCCUCUUCAGUUCCACCUCCUCCUCUGAAGACAGCACCUACAGCUUCAAUUCCACCUCCUCUUCUGAAGACAGCACCUCCAGCUUCAGUUCCACCUCCUCCCCUGAAUACAGCACCUCCAGCUUCAAUUCCACCUCCUCCUCUGAAGACAGCACCUCCCUCUUCAAUUCCACCUCCUCCUCCUCUGAACCACCCACCUCCUAAUGUCCAACCAAAGACACAAGUCCAGACAAAACCCAAGCCAGACUCCACUCAGCCAGCACGCACUCUGGAACAAAGACAUUUUGAUCUCCAGUGCAUCCUAAAAAAGAAGCUGGAGGAAAUGGCCCCCAAAAUUUCCCACCAAAAGGAAGAUGUAGAGCCUUCGUCUGAUGAAUGGGAGUCCAAUGACCAGCUCAAAUCACCAACUACCAAAUAUCACCAGAAAGCAGCAACUCUGGACAUGACGGAGCUGCAGCGUAAAGUGAACAAAAAAUAUCCAGAUAACUCGCCAACAAAAGCUUUGACCAGCAAUGGACCGAAGUCUAAAUAUCAACAUGGUACGACUUUCACAGUUCGGCCUGGAACCAAAAAUCCUAUUACUUAUCAUGAGUAGCGGGGAUUAUUAAGGGUCUUUCGAUUCUUGGACAUGUUGGGACCUUCAACACAGACUAUGGGACACAGCGUGUGUGAAACUACACUUUUAUCAGCAGCAGUGUGUACCACAGCUGAAAAAGAAGGCUUCACACAGGUUAUUUACACAUUGGGUAGCAAAUAUGUUAAGAAUGCCUGUUGACAAAGGACUGCCGAAUCAUAAAGACGAACACGACACAGUCACUGUCAAAUGGUGUUUUCUUUUCUAUUGUGUCACAGUCAGAAAGAACAUUUUAAACAUUUGUGUAGUUGCUGCUAAUUAUUUAGUCUUAAGCUAUAUUUUGCUAUAUGUUGACUUUUUAACAUUAGCUUUGGGUAAUGUUAUUGUAUAGGAAAACUCCAUUAAUAUUUAAAUAAAAAAAAGUUAACAAAAGUUUUUAAAAAGUCUUUUAUAAAACAAUAAGAAAUUUUAAUUGUAAAAUAUAGUAAUUUGGAGCAUAACUGUUAUUAUUUCAUGCUGUAAUUACCUGCCAAAUAAUGGGAAAUGUUCUUUCACUGUUACAUCUCGAUUAUGAAAGUCUUAUGGCGCAAAGUAGUAGGGGUCUAGUGUGAUUCUCACAUUUAUCCCAAAAAAUCCUUUAUGGUUUGUAUUGGAUUUUCUAUACCACUACAAUAAAGAGUGUUAAUCUAGUUACGUACACAUUGUUAUUGAUGGAGAUAUCAAUUUGUAUAAUAUGAAAAUCACAUUUGGGCAUUGCAAGAUGUAGUUAUAUGUACAUGUUAAAGUUGUAUAUAGAAAGUCAUCAAAUUAAGACAUUCAACUCUAAGUAGGAAAUAAAUAAAUGUAACAAAUAGCUGAGUACACAUGGCUUGCAUGUGUACUACAAUUGUAUGUAAAAACACUGCAGUGAAUUGCAUCAUCCUAGUAAUUAAAGCUUUUAGCUGUGGCUCAGAAUGUAAGUACAGAUUUAAUAUACUGGUAAAUUCCCAGGGUACAGUAUUGUUUAGUUUGUGGCUUUAGUUUGUUGUUAGGUGGUUGCUAGACAGUGUGACAUCAUCGUAAUAUGUCAUGCUUAGUUUUUGGGAUAUAAAUUGUGUUACUAUUGUGAAAUUAAAAUGAUACAAUACUUUUAUAAGGCUCUUGUAGGUGCAUAAAAGCUACAAAUGUGUCAUUGUGCCACAUUGUCAGGUGGCUGCUAGGCAACAUGAUGACCUCAUAAUAUUUUAUAUAAACAAGAAUCGUCAGGUCCCCAUGAAGAACCUGUGCCAACUCCAGAUCAUGUAGGAGCUUGUGUGCAAACAGAUAUUUUUUUUUUUGUAUUAAAGUAAGAUAUAAGCUAGCUGAA